AUGAACUACGGGUCUUCACGCAUCCCGAAAGUUGUUACAGUCAGAGUUCAGAAAGCUGUGGGGCUUCGGAUCAUUCCAAAAUCAGAGGCUAAGCAAAAAAAGCUGACUAGCAAAUGGAAAGUGGUUUUUCUGGGAGGAAAGAAAAAGAUGUCGACUUCGUCAGUUUGGGCUCCAGCAGGCGAUCCGUUUUGGGAUUAUGAGGUUACCUUCAAGGUUGCUGCCCGUGGGGAACCUAUUUGUCUCUUGGUUACCGAUUCGGAAGAUCAUCAUGUUGGUCAAGUUGUGAUCCCGGUUACAGCAAUGCAGCCUAGGCCGGCUAAUCCUAAUGAAAGACCAACUGAUCCGUCACGUUUGAAGGUGUCGGAAUUAGAGCCAACGAAAAAGGUGGAAAAUCCUUUCGGCUCACUCCAUUAUUGGGUGUGGGUAGAGGAAUAUCGAACAGAUGGGGAUGCCUUGAAAAGUCGUACUGGAUCCGCUUUGAGUUUACAGAGUUGGAAACAUGAUAAAAAGCAUGCUUCCGUCGCUGAUUCACUGAACUACAGUGGCAGUGUUCUUAGUAUUGAUCCUGGUCAUCUGGGCUCGAAGGACGACAAGAGGCCUUACCUUUUAAAACGGAAGCAUAUGAAAGAUGUGUUCAAAUCGGCGGCCGACUUGUCCCAGCGUCCGUCAAUCUCAGUUUCUGCCAAACGUCAGUCCAUACCCAGCCGAGGUCGUCCAUUGGUAUUCGACCGCAUCAAUGGAGGAAACUCUCAAAGCACUUGCGAUUCACUUUCUCAUGAUCACGAUGGCAGUGUUCUCGGAGCCUCUAGUGACUUAACUGGAAGUGAGCUGUAUCACGACGAUCGUCAGCUGAAUGUAAAUUUGUCGCGCGUCUCAUCCCACACGCGUAGUGCAUACUCCCCCUUUGUCAACAAACCACCGGAUGAACAUUCUUCUUCGGUCCGAAGUCACCUUUCUACCUCGAACGCCGAUUCGAACCGACAGCGAGAAGACAAGACGGCGAUUCGUGUGGGUGACAGUGACUCCCCAAAGCCAAAUUCUUCCGGAUUAAAACCUGCACUUUUGUCCGUCAAGCCCACUUCUUGCCCUACUACUGGUGGCGUUGAAGUGACUGUUCGCUGUACCGGAUUGACGCAGGAGGUGAUGCGCUAUGCUUCCAUUCUAGUGGAUGGAUACGUUGUCCCUAGACAAGAUUGGUACUUCGACGACUCAGAAGGUGUGGACGACGCCGGUGUUGUCGAUCUGCGCAUUGUCAUGCCUGAGCGUCCUACAGGCACAUGUUGGAUUGAGCUGGAGACGAUUAACCACGGCCGUCUUCGGUGUGACCAAGAAUUUACCUACAUGCCACUAACAUCAACCCAUAAGGUACCGGAAAUAAGAAACUCUCUUGUUCCUGCUGCUAUGAGCUCGGAAUCUGGUACACCUUCUGUCUUGAGUCGCACUGGGUCCCAGCGCAGCAGCUUGAUCGUUCGUGAUAGGCGAAGCGAGCGCAGAACACGUCUCAGGCCUGGCGUCAUGCCAAAGACCACCGCAGAAGUGGAUUUACCCGAGGAACACAAAGCACUCCAUGAUGAUUUAACUCAGCUGGAGAAGCGGAGAUCCUCAAAUGCCGGUUCUGUCAUCAGUCAACCAUUAUCAUUCCACGAUAGCGGUGUUGAAAGUCUUCGAGAAGCAAGUGAGACUAUCGAUUCACACGAAAGGUCUGAUGAGAAUCUGUUUCCUCAUCAGCCGCUGGAUCAUGAGCCUAUCGACGUAUUCCGACCCAAACCGGAUGCUGCGUCUGUCACAAGGCAACUUUCCGAGGACCUGGAGCCUAUUCAGUCGUCCGAUUCCUCUGAAGAACGACUGAAAGUAGAUGAUCACCUGAGUGUUGGUGAACGCCUACGAAAUUCCACUAGAAGCAUUUCUUCUGAACUUUCCAAAAGCGUCGUGGAUGAAGAUAUAGCGUUGGAAAAUAGAGGUUUGCGUGCAAUGCUAACUGAAGCAAAUCAGUUAAUGGACGCAAUGAGGAGGAACGCGGUUGAUUUGGAACAGAAGCUAUCAUUGAAAACAGCAGAAGUGGAACACUUGAGCCUAGAGCUCUGUACCUUGCGCAACCGGCUCCUAAAAGAUGGCGUUUUCAAAUAUUUAGAGAAACCGGCAUUGUUUUAUUAA